AUGACUGUGAUUAGAGCAGAGAAGGAGUGUCCUGGGACAGAGAGCGAGGGAGAUGUUGCAGGUAUGAGGGUGCUACACUGGUGCAUGCUGGGAGUGACCAUCCUGCUGCUGGUGUGCGAGGUCACCGUCAGUCAGCUGUGCAGCUCGCUCAUCACCCUGGUGGAUGGUUUCCACACGCUCUUCAUCCUCGUGCGCAUGGCUCUUACUCCUCCUCAAACUGCAGGGAUGAUAAACCCACCUCUCUCCUGGCUGGACUCCGCUGCAUCUCCUCCGCAGGAUUCCUCGUCCUCCCCAGCACUUCCUGCCACCCCGCCUGCAGAGUUAUCCAUCAAACAUUUACCUGGCACCCAGGCCUCCACUGAUGGGUCAACCCACACAGACCAACCCCCGACUCCUCAGCCUAAAGCCUCUCCUCCAGAUCUGGACUGCGGCUUGUCCUACCCCAGCCUCAGGAUUCAGUCUGUGGGGGCUUUUAUUUCUGCUCUCCUCUUGGCCUCUCUGUCUCUCGCUUACAUAUUGGAAAUCAUCGGCAUCGCCAUAGAGCCACAACCAGUAGAACAGCACCUGCUGCUUGUGGUGGUUAGCGUCGUCAGUCUGCCAUAUAAAAUCCUGGUUCUCUGGCUGAACAGGGAUCAGCAGCAGGCCCCAGACACCAAAUCUCACAUUGAAGUGAACCACAAAGUCUUGGCUGAAGAGGAAGCCAAAGGCCACGCCGAGCCAGGGCGAGUCCCGUAUUACAUUAGCCAAGUCAAAUCUGCCAUGGACAACUCGCUCCACAACGGGGCGCUUGUCUUCUGUAACCCGGGAACCUCCAGCAUCCCUGACACUGACUCUCACACCCCAGAACCCCACGCAGAAGUCCUUCAUGAAGCAGCUCCACAGGACAGCAGAGACUAUGAUGUAGCAAGCAGUGUUGCAGAUUUGAGUAAAUCAAAAGACACUCACAAAGACAGCACCUGCAUGGGACAUGUUGACAGUCAAAACGCACCUAAUACCUCCCCAGUCUGCAAGUCAUCACAUGACAUUGAGAGGCCUGUACCAGCCAGCCAGCGGCUGGUCCGUCUCCCAGUGUUCGUCCUCGUCAUUCAGGGCCUUUGUACCUCCAUCCUGGCUCUGAUCAACAGCCUGGUGAUGCUGCUGAUCAGCCCAAUGUGCCUGCACAGCUCCGGAGCCUGUAGCAUCCUGGUUUACCUGGAUCCUGGUCUCUCCCUGGUGGCUGUGAUUACGUUGAUUGCCACAGCGAUGCCACAGGUGCACAGGUACGGACUGGUGCUGCUACAGGCCACACCUCCGCACAUUUGUGUAGCUGAUCUUGAACGGAGGAUUGCGAGCGUCCCUGGGGUGCAGGCUGUGCACGACCUCCAUGUCUGGCAGCUAACUGAAACAUUCAUAGUGGCAUCUGUCCAUGUACACUGCCAUGCUGGCUUUCCAGCACACAGGUGUGGUGAUCUGAUGUCGGGGGUCACUAAGGUGCUGCAGAGUGUCGGUGUGAGCUGCUGCACCGUUCAGCCAGAGUUCGCUUCCUGCUCUGGGUCCUCUGCAGGUAGUGGGGGUGACCCCUCCCCUGUCGUUCACAGAGAGGACCCCUCCCUACCUCCUGUCCUGGCCUGCAGCGUGGCCUGUGGGAUGGCCUGCGCACCGAGUAUGUGCUGCUCUCCCGAAGAAGAGGAGAGCAAGAGCCUGCUGGCACCACCAGCUGGGGAAACAACAGAAGAGCCUCAGACACUGGUCAUCGAGAACACCUUCCUCUGA